AUGUUCACCCCCAUACACACCUCUCUCGGCGCUUUAUUGCUCUUCCAGGGCUCGUCUGGGCUACUCGUCCAUAACGGAGCAGUCUUCGGCAUCUCAUCACUCCUAUCCGGAUCAGUCUUCAAUCCAACCCAAGACAAUGUCCCAAUUAUCGCGGGUAUAAUCUCCAGCGUGUUGCCAGUGUACUUCCUGGCGCCGUCGUUGAUCCCAAACUACCCUGCCGCUCCACAGACCUUGGCCUCCGCCGUGGCAACAGUGGGUGUGGGCAUCCUACUAGGCUGGGGAACAAAGAACGGCCGCGGCUGCACUUCGGGCCAUAUGCUCUGUGGUCUUUCCCGCCUCUCGCCACGCUCGUUGAUCUCAACAGCCCUCUUCUUCACGACCGCCCUGAUCACAGCGAAUGUCGUCUCGGGAGGCUCCAAUAUUCCCUCUUGUGGUGAUCUCCCCUGCUACACGCCAGUGUACCCAUCGUCACCGGAGAUGGUCUUCAUGGCUGGUUCGCUGUUUCUAUCAACCAUCACGAACUUCAUCAUCGUUCCGAAAGCGCUGCAACGAUCAAAGGAACACAGGACUCUCUUUGCUUAUCUUGCCGGACUCGAGUUUGGUCUCGGUCUGCUGAUCUCCGGUAUGGCCGACUCCGCCAAGGUUCUGCGCUUCUUCGCCAUCUUGAGUGACUCCUCUCGCUGGGAUCCGUCAUUGGCCCUGAUCAUUCUGUUCGGAAUUGGUCCGUCCUUGAUUACUUUCUUGACUCAUAAGCCGGGUCAGACGUCGGAGAAAGAGCAUGAACCCGCAAAGCCUACGCUGGCUGAGAAAUGGCGGCUGCCCACGGCCACCGUGGCUGAUAUCGACUGGCGCUUCGUGGCUGGUUCGGUCGCCUUUGGUAUUGCUUGGGGUCUCCAAGGAGUCUGUCCCGGUCCGGGAAUUCUGCGCUCGGUCCUGCAGCCAACCUGGGGACUGGCGACAAUGACCGGAUACAUGUUGGGGAAUUUGUUCUAG